AAAUUUUAUCCAAAAAUUCGCAGUCUUUUCGAUGUACCUCGAUUCUCAGAUCCAUGGGAGGCCGACCCAUGUUUCUACAUAACCCAAUUCUUCAUUCUGCACCUGGGUUUUCACCAAUGCCCCAGCCCUAGAAGAUCCCACCCCCACCUGAAAUCUAACGCCUUCUGGGUUUUUUCCCCAAAUAUCCGCCGUCCGGUCGUGACCCACCUCAGAAGAUGAAAGGGAAAAGCCGCUUGUUCACGAUCGGGCUCGUUACCGCCUGGUACUCGUCCAACAUUGGGGUUUUGCUGCUGAACAAGUACUUGCUAAGCAACUAUGGCUUCAAAUACCCGAUCUUCCUCACCAUGUGCCACAUGACGGCUUGCUCUCUGCUCAGCUACAUCGCAAUUGCUUGGAUGAAGAUGGUUCCGAUGCAGACUAUUCGAUCCCGGGUUCAAUUCUUGAAGAUCGCGGCGCUCAGCCUGGUGUUUUGUGUCUCCGUCGUGUUUGGGAACAUUUCGCUGCGGUAUUUGCCGGUGUCGUUUAACCAGGCUAUUGGCGCCACCACGCCGUUCUUCACUGCGGUUUUCGCCUACUUUAUGACUCUCAAAAGGGAGGCUUGGCUCACGUAUCUCACCCUCGUUCCUGUUGUUACAGGAGUCAUCAUUGCAAGUGGGGGUGAACCAAGUUUCCAUUUAUUUGGUUUCUUAAUAUGCGUAGCAGCAACCGCUGCCAGGGCGCUUAAAUCAGUGCUACAAGGGAUUUUGCUUUCUUCUGAAGGGGAGAAGCUGAAUUCCAUGAACCUCCUUCUGUAUAUGGCUCCGAUAGCCGUUGUUUUCUUACUUCCGGCAACACUUAUCAUGGAAGAAAAUGUUGUUGGUAUAACACUAGCUCUUGCAAGAGACGAUGUCAAGAUCAUAUGGUACCUACUAUUCAAUUCGGCGCUGGCAUAUUUUGUAAAUCUGACCAACUUUUUGGUCACAAAGCACACCAGUGCUCUGACUCUUCAGGUGCUAGGGAACGCUAAAGGAGCUGUAGCUGUGGUGGUCUCGAUAUUGAUUUUUAGAAAUCCAGUUUCUGUGACAGGAAUGCUGGGUUACACUCUUACAGUCUUUGGAGUGAUCCUAUACAGUGAAGCCAAGAAACGAAGCAAAUCAUAGUUUAGUGAAACGUCCUACGUUUUAUAUUCUGUACUGCUAGAACAGCUUCGGCUGUCCUGGAGGCAAAGUUGGGGGGUACAUGCUAGCAGUUGGUGCCGGGAUCUCGCCUCUACAAAUUCUAUUUUCCCCCCGGAAGCCUGAGUACGUGCGUGGCUUCCAUUUGUAUCAGCAAACAACGCAGGAUAAGUCGAAACAGUAGGAAACUCAAUAAGUGACUAGUAUUAUGGUCUUCUAUUAUUCCCAGAUUUUGGGGUUACGGCAGAAAUUCAAUGUUUUUAUCAUUUUAUUCUUUUCAUUAAAAGGGUUGUAGUCUGUUAUUAACAUUUCUUAUAUUGAAUCAAUGAAAAACAAAUCAUUUACAGA